AUGGAGGCGGCGGUUGUAGAGAAUAUUUCCAAGGCGCUGGGACUACCCCGGCCCUUUCUGAGCGAGUCGAACCGCGCCUUCACACAGCUGGAGACUUGGCAGCAGCUCACAGCGUUGUUAGCCACACAACCCGUGACAAUCAAGCCGCUGGGCUACUACCGAACCCCUGACAGCAUCGACAUCUAUGUAUUUGAGUGUUCGCUAGGAGACUCGUCUAGCUCUCGACGCUACAGCUGGAAGAUCUACCGUCGCUACAGACACUUCCAGAAGUACAUCGCUCACUCCUCAGAGCUAUUGGCCAGUCGAUCGGUUCGUGUUCCGAGAUUAUCCCAAGCAUAUCUCAAAAUAUUCCAUGCGCAACACUGCAAAGACCGUCUCGUGGAGCUGCAUAACUGGCUGGAAGGAGUGUUGGAGAACACGCAGAGUUACUGUCAAACACUGCAACAAAAACAGGAGCAACAGGAGAAAGAGAAACUUCGCGAGCUUCAGCAACAACGAAUGCAACAAUUGGAGGAGCAAGCCAAACUCAAGACAACGAAAAAACAUAAAAUUCAUAGCACGGAUGUUUUAAACAAUGGCAGGUUACGAGCAAUGUCGAACCUGAGCACAGCGACAGCUUCUACGCGACGCAGUAGCGUCAGUUUGAAGACGAUUGAACAGCAGGGAGACCCAGCUCUGUAUUUCUUAAAAACCGACAAGGCUGAAGCUCUGCCAGUGGUGAUGCUGAGCUGCUUCCUGCUCGCUGGAGCCAACUGUCCCUUCCCGCAUGUAUUUCGAGGUAUGCCGAGCUUUGCUUUGGCUUUGGAGGAGCUGAAUAUUCAGCUGGAACAAGCGGCACCGGCUGCGUAUCCUUCAAAGCUGAGGAAUUCCACGAGUACAAAAGCAGGUCUGGGCUUACGAUUAACGCCGAGUCACGAACAAGAUGGACAGUUCUUGGGCGCUACAGUGGCAGGUUUCCUUCGAGAGCAACAGGAAUUGGACCCAGCGUUAGUGGACGUCCCAGUUGGAGCCAAAUUGGUGCGCGUGAAUGGCGUUGACGUCAGUGAUUCUCCGUUCGAUCAAGUGUUGGCUCAGCUACGUAGUGUGGGGCUGCCACUGCGCUUGAGAUUUCUAUACAAUCCUCAUUUAAACAGGCAAAGAAACAGCCCAGAAACGCCUCGAAGUAGCGUUGAUUCUACGUCGAAUGUAGAGUCCAUGAGUGGGAGACAACGCGUCGUGUCGAGUGUCAGUGGAGGAAGCAGUAGCGGCAACUCAACGUCGGACACUGGGAAGUCUGCAUUGAAUCCUAGUCAUCGCAGCUUCAGUGUCGAUGCGUCGCGCUCUUCUGGUCUCUUUGGCGCCGUUUUUGGUGAUUUAUUCGGCUCCAGAAGCUCUGAAGUGAACAGUAUUUCAAGCUCGAAUAAUUCCAAUAUUGUGAGUGCUACGGGCAAGCAGAGAGGCGAGACAGCGGAUGUGACGAUGUCGAGUCACGGGCUAGUAAAUGGUGGCGCUCUGUUCGCAUGGGACGACGUAAGUGGAGGGUCCCGUGACCUCAUUUCGCGAGGCUUUUUCUCGUAUUUGCCACCGUCUCUACUCCACGAAUUGCGUGAAAAGCGUCGUGCUGAGAGGAAAGUGAAAUCUUUCCUUCCUGAACUCGAUUCAAGUGACAGUGACAGUGACAGUGACAACCAGUCUUAUGAAGAAACUAAUUCCGUCAUAAGAAAAACUCAAGGUGUGUGGAGUACAGCUACGGGCCCGAUGGGGUUAUCGCUUGGAGCUUGUAGAAUCUGCGACGUGGAAGCAGCAAUGCUGGAAGUGUCUCCCGUGUUCUUCUCGUCCAGAUCUGAACAUCGCGGCAGUGAGAAGCGCUUGUGCAAAGGAUUCGUACUGGUUUCUAUCAACAACGAGAGCACGUUCGGCGCUCCUUUUGUCGCCGUGAUCAAGCGUCUACGUUCAGCUUCUCGUCCGACGAGCUUGUGCUUUCGUUGGUAUCAAGAUUUCAGUCCGUUCUUAGAGACUGAGCUGGCUGAGCAACACGCUUUAAAGCCUCGUGCUCUUGGAGCCAGGAUGUUUGUCAACGCUCUCGAUUGUGUGGCUGAAGCGCAGACCGAUUUGAGUAAUAGCUUGCAACUCGCACUUAUGGAGAAUGCCUCGAGCGACAGUGAGAUAGCUAGACUCAAGGAGCAAGUGGAAGUUCAACGUCAGGAAUUGGACAAAGCGCGGCGUCGAGCUCAAGACGCAGAGACCCAGUUGGCGACGAAUAGGAACGAGUAUGAAGUUAUGAUGGAAAAGGCUCAUGAGAGUGCGAUGACGCGACUAGCAGAGCAUGAAGAACAGCUGAUCAAGGAAUCCAACCGCUCGAUUGAAAAUUCCAACAAAUUAGCGGAACGUCGAGCUCAGAAAAUGGUGGAAGCUGCAGCCAAUGAGAGUCAGCGAAAACAUGAGGAAUAUUUGCAAAAACUGGCAGAGGAACACUCGGAAGAAGUGGAGAGUCUCAUGCAACAAGUGGCCGUGUGGCGUCAUCAGGUGGAAGUGCUUACCGAGGCGGAGAAGCGCAACUAUGCAGCUUUGGUGAGCAAUGGAGUGAACCCAUACGGAGAUUUCCAGCGCUCUCGCUUCGGCUAUUCGAGCUCGGACUCGCCAUUCGCUGACUUGAAAAGUGGCAGUAACGAUCUUCAGCGACGGAAACAGGAGAAAACGCAAGAGUCCAGCGCCACUACGGCUGCUACUGCGGCGAAAUGGCGCGAUGGCAGUGACAACAAGAGCCACGCGUUCUCAGGAACUUCCGAGCAGUCGUCGCAGUCAAACAACGGCACGUUCUGGGACCGCUACUUGCCACAGAGUGAUGAAACAGAGUUUUGUUUAGUUUAAACGAGUAAAUUUAAAGUUUAAGAUGGCAAUUUCGCAGUGUAAGGUGAUAAUACGUAAUUGUUUUAAACAUGGUCAA